AUGGGAAUUAAAGGACUCAUCCCGUUUUUGAGUGAAAAGGUGCCUUCCAGUAUUAGUGAAUUAUCCCUGGAAAGUUUGUCUGGAGAAUCUCUUGCUAUAGACGCUAGUGCUGCUCUUUAUCAAUUUACAAUUGCCAUCCGAGACUCCAGUUACUUUAGUUCUCUUGUGAACUCUAAGGGAGAAUCUACAAGUCACAUCUACGGGUUGAUGAACCGUUGUUCUAAGUUCUUGGAAUAUGGAAUAAAGCCUGUGUUUGUUUUUGACUCAAAACCUCCAGAAUUGAAGACGAAAACGCUGGAGAAAAGACGCCAACAAAGAGAAGAGGCCAACGCCAGUUUGAAGAAAGCUAUUUCGGAAGGCGAUAAGGAGUCAGUCAAGAAGUUAGUAGGCCGUACAGUAAAGGUAUCGAAGGAAAUGAACGAGUCUGCAAAGAAAUUGCUUCGUCUGAUGGGGGUUCCAGUUAUAGAAGCAUUAGAAGAAGCAGAAGCACAGUGUGCAUACUUGGUAACCAAGAAUUUGUGCCGUUUCGUGGCUUCUGAGGACACUGACACUUUGGUGUUCGGAGGGGCGUUUCUACUUAGAAAUGUUGCUUCAAGUAGCAGUAAGAAAAUCCUCAAAGUAGAUUUACAAAAGGUUUUGGAUGGGCUGGAAUUUAACUUCGAUCAAUUUAUCGACUUUUGUAUACUCUGCGGUUGCGACUACUGCGACACCUUGGAAGGAGUUGGACCAAAAACUGCAUAUUCUCUGGUAAAGAAAUACCAAAAUUUGGAAGAAAUAGUUAACUUCAAAGGCGGCGAUUACGAUGACUUUAAAGAGGCAAAGGAAUAUUUUUUAUCACCUAAGGUUAACGAAUAUGAUGAGAAUAGCGUGAAGUUGGGCACGAUAGAUCCUGAGGGACUGACUGAAUUUCUGGUCCAAGAAAACAACUUUUCGAAAGAAAGGGUGGAGAAGUUUAUUGAAAAAUUGCUAAAGUUCAAGACCAAGAAGAUACAAACAUCUUUAUUAUCCUUUUUAACAGCUCCGCAACAUAAUAACAAGGCUAAAAGUUCGAAUAAAAGACCGAGAGAACCAAAAGCUCUGGAUUGUAAACCUAAUACCUAUGGGUCUGGGAAGGGGACAAAUGUUGUUAAAAAGGAAAGUUCAACAAUCAAAAAAGAUGAGAUUGAUCUAACUGCAGAGGAUUUAUUCUGUGAACCUUCAAAUAGCGAUAAUGAAGAAGAUGAUAGGGGGCGUGUAGAUAAGAACGAAGAUCUAUUUAAGAAGUCGGAAAAUGAAACAAAUGAAAUUAAACAAAAUCAAUUUAAGUCAAAAUCUGAUGAGAAGAAAAAACAAGAAGAACACCACACAAUUGAAUUUAACUUUAAUCACAGGAAAGUAAUACUAAUCGACGAUGACGAUGAUGAGGUUGUAACUACAGCUAACAGUGAAAAAAUGAAUUGCGAAAUUGAUAAAGUAAAAGAGGAGGAAUUGAAUAAAAAAGGUAAUUUAAACGACGUAGUUUGUUUGAUGUUUUGCUUUCGCAUCCUAAACCAACUAAAAGGUUCAAAAGGUAAAUCUUUUUUUACAUGUCAAUUGACCAAUUCAAACCUGGUUUUUCACCACUAUUUCACUAAAAAUUAUUACACAACUGACUCACACGAGACUGCGGAAACUCCUAGUUAUAACCCUCAUAAUAAAGAUUACGUUUAUGAAAAUGAAACAUACAAAAUCUGCGGAGUCCCUAUACCGAACGGUUUAAUUCAAUUUAUUGUGGUUGAAAAGUUUGUUCCAUUUGUUACAUUUUAUGACAUUUUAACCCACCAAUCAUCUUCACAGGCAAUUACCCCCCAAAAUAACAUCUUAGAAUCAAACAUAUUUGAAAAUAAUAACCUACUCUCUACAUUCCGAAACCAACUGCGUGAGAAUAUUGAUGCCGAUGACAUUAAAUUAUCCGAAAUUGAAAAAAACAGGUUGAAGAGAUUGGCUGAUAUUAGCUAUUCACAUGGGACAUCAUGGGAUAGUUUAGAUAAUUUAUACUUAGAUUUUUAUCGAGCUAAGCAAGAAGCACUAAAAGCAUGGGAACAGAACAAGCACCAAUUGAUAAGGUUUGCUAACGAGGUUAGCAUAAAUAGAAUUAACUCUAGUAAAUCCCUAAAUCAAAUGAAGGGUUCUGGAAGGUUAAUUAAGUUAUUUACACAGAAAUAUUAUAAUCGAUGGCUUAACUUAUAUAUGUCACCCUUUUCUACUGGAAUGUUAAUUAAGUACCUAAAAGCUCACGUAACCUCUGCACUUUUAAAUAGAGAAAAUUACGAAGCAAGGGGCGAAAGUCUGAAUAUUAAGUUCACCCAAUCGGAUAUAAACCCCUACUUUCAGAAACCCAUUUAA